AUGGGGUCCCUGUUCCGGAGCGAGACCAUGUGCCUGGCGCAGCUCUUCCUGCAGUCAGGCACGGCCUACGAGUGUCUCAGCGCCCUGGGCGAGAAGGGCCUGGUCCAGUUCCGAGACCUCAACCAGAACAUAAGUACUUUCCAAAGAAAAUUUGUUGGAGAAGUGAAGAGGUGUGAAGAGCUAGAGCGAAUAUUGGUGUAUUUGGUUCAGGAAAUUAAUAGAGCUGAUAUUCCCCUUCCUGAAGGAGAGACCAGCCCUCCUGCGCCACCCCUGAAACAGGUUCUAGAAAUGCAGGAGCAGUUGCAGAAGCUCGAGGUUGAACUGAGAGAAGUCACUAAGAACAAGGAGAAACUGAGGAAAAACUUGCUGGAACUGAUUGAGUACACUCACAUGCUGAGAGUGACACAAACCUUUGUGAAACGCAACGUUGAGUUUGAACCCACUUACGAAGAAUUCCCUUCCUUAGAGAGUGAUUCUUUGUUGGAUUACAGCUGUAUGCAGAGGCUGGGAGCAAAACUGGGAUUUGUGUCUGGCCUAAUUAACCAAGGAAAAGUGGAAGCGUUUGAAAAAAUGUUGUGGAGAGUCUGCAAAGGGUACACCAUUGUGUCCUAUGCAGAACUGGAUGAAUCCCUCGAAGACCCUGAAACAGGGGAAGUCAUAAAAUGGUAUGUCUUUUUAAUAUCCUUUUGGGGAGAGCAGAUUGGCCACAAGGUUAAGAAGAUUUGUGAUUGCUACCACUGCCAUGUGUACCCCUAUCCAAACACAGCCGAGGAGCGGAGGGAGAUCCAGGAGGGGCUGAACACCCGCAUUCAAGAUCUCUACACUGUACUGCACAAAACCGAGGACUAUUUGAGGCAAGUGCUAUGUAAAGCUGCCGAGUCUGUCUACAGCCGUGUGAUCCAGGUGAAGAAAAUGAAGGCCAUCUACCACAUGCUGAACAUGUGCAGCUUUGACGUGACCAACAAGUGCCUCAUUGCCGAGGUCUGGUGUCCCGAGGCGGAUCUGCAGGACCUGCGCCGGGCACUGGAGGAGGGCUCGAGAGAGAGUGGUGCUACAAUCCCCUCAUUCAUGAACAUAAUCCCCACGAAAGAAACACCCCCCACUCGAAUCCGCACCAACAAGUUCACCGAGGGAUUUCAGAACAUCGUGGAUGCUUAUGGAGUAGGAAGCUACAGAGAAGUCAAUCCAGCUCUCUUUACCAUCAUCACCUUCCCGUUUUUAUUUGCUGUGAUGUUUGGAGACUUCGGACAUGGCUUUGUGAUGUUUUUAUUUGCCCUUUUGUUGGUGUUAAAUGAAAAUCAUCCCAGACUAAAUCAGUCACAAGAGAUCAUGAGGAUGUUUUUUAAUGGCCGGUACAUCCUCCUGCUGAUGGGGCUGUUCUCGGUGUACACCGGCCUCAUCUACAAUGACUGUUUCUCAAAGUCAGUCAACCUGUUCGGCUCUGGGUGGAACGUGUCUGCCAUGUACACCUCCAGCCACCCCCCCGCAGAACGUAAGAAGAUGGUGCUUUGGAAUGACAGCGUCGUCAGGCACAACAGCAUUUUGCAGUUGGAUCCAAGCGUUCCUGGAGUGUUCCAAGGCCCUUAUCCCCUUGGCAUUGAUCCUAUUUGGAACUUGGCCACAAAUCGCCUCACUUUUCUAAACUCUUUCAAAAUGAAAAUGUCUGUGAUUUUAGGAAUCAUUCACAUGACUUUUGGAGUCAUUCUGGGAAUAUUUAACCACUUGCACUUCAGGAAGAAGUUCAACAUUUACCUGGUUUCCAUCCCAGAACUUCUCUUCAUGCUCUGUAUCUUUGGAUACCUUAUAUUUAUGAUUUUCUACAAGUGGCUGGUUUUUUCAGCAGAAACCUCUAGAGUUGCUCCCAGCAUUCUGAUUGAAUUUAUUAACAUGUUUUUAUUCCCAACCAGUAAAACAAAUGGUCUUUACACAGGGCAGGAGUAUGUCCAGAGAGUGCUGCUGGUUGUCACAGCAUUGUCUGUCCCGGUCCUCUUCUUGGGAAAGCCACUGUUUUUGUUGUGGCUUCACAAUGGGCGUAGUUGCUUCGGGGUGAACCGGAGUGGUUACACACUUAUAAGGAAAGAGAGUGAGGAAGAAGUUUCAUUGCUGGGAAACCAAGAUGUGGAAGAGGGAAAUCACCAGGUGGAAGAUGGAUGUAGGGAAAUGGCGUGUGAAGAGUUUAAUUUUGGAGAAAUAUUAAUGACCCAAGUAAUCCAUUCCAUUGAGUACUGUCUGGGAUGCAUCUCCAACACCGCCUCCUACCUGAGGCUCUGGGCGCUCAGCCUGGCUCAUGCACAGCUGUCUGAUGUCCUGUGGGCCAUGCUGAUGCGCGUGGGCCUCCGCGUGGACACCACCUAUGGCGUCUUGCUGCUGCUCCCGGUUAUCGCGCUCUUUGCAGUUCUGACCAUUUUCAUCCUUCUGAUCAUGGAAGGGCUUUCUGCGUUUCUUCACGCCAUACGCCUCCACUGGCCAUAG